AUGUCUUCCUCAAACAAAAUUGCUUACCAUGCUCGCUCCAUCAGUUUGCCCACCAGAUCUAACCCCCUCGCUGCUGCAGUUGAGGAAAAAUUGUGCAAAUUGAAAUCUUCAGAUCUCACCUCAUCCAUCUCCAACAACUUGGUUGCUCUUAAAGAUUUGUAUGAAUGUGUUGAGGAUUUUCUUUCUACCGAAGAUGGAAAAUGCUUAGACGCAGUCUUGGACAGAUCUGUCAUGUUAUUGGAUGUUUGUGGAACUAUUAAGGACGUUUUGUCUCAAAUGAAGCAAUCUGCCCAAGAUCUUCAAUCAUCUAUCCGAAGGCGAUCAAAUGAAUUUGACGCAUAUAUGAGCUCUAGAAAGAAAGCCUGCAAAGUCAUCCAAAAAUGCCUUUCAGAGCUUAAGAAAAACACCAACAAGAACAAUGAUGUUGCCACCGAUGUCAGCCUCCUAACUGAAGUUGAAGCAACUACUCUUGCAGUUUUUGAAUCUGUGUUGUCUUUCCUAUCUGCACCAAAGCAAAGCAAUUGGUCACUAGUCUCAAAGUUGACCACUAAACACGCAACACAACAAGCUGUUAACGAAGUGACCAAGAUUGAUGUCGCAUUGAGAUCCAAAGUCGUUGAAGCAAAAGAAGUGCAAAAGCCAUUGGCUGCCCUUGAGAUGAACCUUCAAGAACUUGAAGAUGGAUUUGAAUCCGUCUUUCGGUGUUUGAUCAAGAACCGAGUUUCACUUCUUAACAUGCUGAACCAAUAG